AUGGUAGACACGGUCGAACAAACGUUCAUACUAAGUGGUAACAGAGAAAUCCCUUUCACUUACUUAGCUAGUUUGUCAGCUAAGUGGGCUGCAAUGAAGGACAAAGCUCCCAGUGUUCAGGGAAAAAUCAAGUGCUUUUUGACUGGCGUGAAGGGAUUCCAAUAUAAGCAAAGGACUAAAUUUGAGCUGCGGGUUUAUAUAGAUGAUGGUAGCCUCAUUUCGGAGAUGCUCAUCGAUCACCAUGUUGUACUGAAAGGAAUAGGACAUUCACCUGAGGAGGUCACUGCUGCUCUCGCUUCUUCAGACAAGAAGAAAGUUAGUGACAUGAAAGAGACUUUGAAACAAUUUCAAAGUUUCUUGGUGAAUUUUGAGGGUACGAUGCUUGUACAGCUGAAUGAAGCCUCUUCUGUUCCAAUUGCCAUUGAUAUGAACCAAGGUUGCCCUGCACCUGAUGCCUGGUUGCUUCUGAGAAGACUAAAGUCCUCCAAUUUUGCUCAACCACAGCAGCAUCCCAUCAUGGAUCCCAUUGAAUUAUCCCCAUGA